AUAUAUACCUCCCUCCUUCAAACCAGGAGUAGGAGCGCAGAAGAAAAUUCGCAAAAUUUUACAAGAUCAAAGUUAAUUCGAGGAAUUUCGACGAUCACGAUUGAAUCAGAAAAUGUCGUGGCAGGCGUACGUCGACGAUCACUUGAUGUGCGACAUCGACGGCCACCAUCUGACAGCCGCGGCCAUCCUCGGCCACGACGGUAGUGUGUGGGCCCAGAGCUCCACCUUCCCCAAGUUUAAGCCGGAAGAGAUUACGGCGAUAAUGAAAGAUUUUGAUGAGCCAGGGUCUCUUGCCCCAACUGGAUUACACCUUGGUGGGACAAAGUACAUGGUUAUUCAGGGCGAGGGUGGAGCUGUGAUUCGUGGCAAGAAGGGCUCUGGUGGCGUAACUGUGAAGAAAACCGGCCAAGCUCUGGUUUUCGGUAUAUACGAGGAGCCCUUGACUCCAGGACAAUGUAAUAUGAUUGUGGAGAGGUUGGGAGACUACCUGAUUGAUCAAGGCCUAUAACUCAUAUCACCGUCAUGAUUUUCAUACACUGAAGUUGUCUUUUUCGACUUGCAUAUACUUGCUGGUUAUAUGGUUUGAACUGGCACUGUUGGUGGUGUUACUGAAAAUAACCGUGCGCAGACGGAUGCAUUGCCUUUUGGUGUUCAAGGAUUUGUUCAUUUCCCCGAUUUUUCGUGUGUUUCUGAAUGUGUGUAUUUAUUCGCUCAGCUCAUUGUUUGCUCCUAAGUUCUGAGUAUCCUUGGAUUUCACCUUAUUACGAUGUGGUAAAAAUUAUUUGUUCAAUUCCGAAGAAGAAAUGUUGUUGUAUAAUA